GCCCGCUCAGGUUCUCGGCUAGCCGAGUGCCAGCAUCGCCAGUGCAGACCGAUUCUUCUCUGGGUUCAUGUCGGAAGAACCCUGCUUCUUCCCAUACCCUGAAGAGAGAAAAAGCUACACGAAGGAGCAGGCGUAACCGGCGCGACGUUCUGGGGCGGUCCCAGGCCACUCGGCUGGGCAGGUCAGAUUAAAGAAAAGCUAUAUUCUGCUUCUUUCUGUAAGCAGCAUCUACUUUUUGAGGAACUAAAUCAUGCAGCCACCACCUCAGGCAGCCCCAUCAGGACUGAUUGGGCCACCUCCGGUGGGAAAUUCUCGAAGCGUGUUUUGGUCGAACAGCUCGUAUAGAAGACGAGUGUCCAGCAAUGUGCCGACUGCUCCUCUGACAUGCCCAUUGCAGCCGGUGACGGACCCUUUUGCUUUUAGUAGGCAGUUGGCCCAGGACACAUCCCUGGACACUUUGUCCAGAAGCAGCCUGCCUGUCAUGCCAGGCCCAACUCCCCCGGCGUUUUCUCAGCACCCUGCUCUGCCAACACCUCACCCAAGUGCCGGAGACCCUCCACAAGGACCAUGCGAGCCUGUGCCGGGCCCUUUCCUGCAGCCUGGAGUGGAAACCAGCCUGUUCUCCAGCGCGUUGGCCCCUCUAGCACCGCCUGGGCCCGAGGCAAACAAGAGUGCAGAGAUGGGGCCCAGCUCAGCACCUGACGUUCCGACCCCACCGAAUCCUCCUCAGUACAUUCCAGGAGUGGGUCCUGACAGUCUUCGUGGGGCAGCACCAGGGCCCACCAGACCCCUCAGCAGGCAGAGCCCUCAUGACAGUGCAGGGCCGCCAGCAACGGCGUCCUCCUUCUUUCCUCAGCUGCCUCUGCAAACGCCGGAUCCCUGGACGCCAGUCCAGGGGAGUCCACGGCCCUCAGGCCAGCACUAUUCGCCCUCCCCACAGGGACCGGGCCACGGUGCAGCGCCUCGGGCUUCCGGCCUUCCUCAUUGUCCCCCGCAGCCCAGCAUGCACCAGAGUCCUGGCCGUGAGCAGCAACACAACCCUCUCGCUCCUGUAUCAGGACCCUUGGCUGGGGAUGAGAGGAAUGAGACGGCCUAUCUGCAAAGUGGAAACCACUCCACGAGUCACUUUGAUCCUGAGAACACGUUCAGGCAGAACCCCAGAGCAGGUCUGGCUUGGGUGAGCCAGGAGUUUAGGCAGAAUCAGGGAGGUGGUAGAGAGCUUGGGCCAGACCCUGCUCUUGCUAGCCUCCUUGCUCAGGGAAAUGGUUCCGACCACCACCCGCACUGCCCCCCGGGGGUGGCAGCUGGCCGGACCCUGCCGGAUCCUGGCUCAGCAGCACUCUCCAUGUUCUUCCAAGGUGGGGAGACGGAGAACGAGGAGAACGUUUCAGCGGAGAAAGCAGGCUGUGAGGGGCCAUCUGCUUUUGAUGGCUUCUGCACUAACCCCGGCCUUGGCCAUCCCCCUCCUACACACGCAGGCACAGGCGGUCCUUACCAGGCCUUCCUCCAGGGCCCUCGCAGCGAGACCACACAGCCAGGAGGGGACUCCCAGCCCUAUUUUUCUCAAUCUGCAGGCAGCCAGCAUGAACAGCCAGCUGGUGGAAACGCGGCUGUCAACAUGUGGGGUGAAACAGCUGGCAGAGGGCAGCACAGCGCCCCUGGCCCACAGUGUGAGAGCGUAGAGAACCAAGAAGUUCUGCCCAGUGAGCCCCUGGGAUUGAACCCUUCCUCCCUGAGUGACCCGUUCUGCUAUGGAGCCUUUCCCGGGCCGUCUACACUCAAGAAUGGUGUCGUGAGCCAUGCAGGAGGUGGGGGGCCGAAUCUAGAGGCCCCAGAUGCGCCUGCACGACCUGACAGCGUGUCAUCUGGCUAUGGCGGCAAAGAUCACCGGGCCCUCCCGAGUUCAGCUAGACCCCAGGAGUUAGUGGGCACCUUUAUUCAGCAAGAAGUUGGAAAGCUUGAUGAAGAUGCUUCAGGCAGUUUCUUUAAACAAAUUGAUUCUUCUCCUGUGGGAGGUGAGACAGAGGAGACCCCCGUGAGCCAGAAUUACCACCACAGUCUCUCUCAGCCCUCCACUCCAAGCCCCCCGAAGCCCACAGGGAUAUUUCAGACAAGUGCAAACAGUUCUUUCGAGCCAGUGAAAUCCCACUUCGUUGGGGUGAAGCCAUUUGAGGCAGACCACGCCAAUGUGGUGGGUGAAGUGAGGGGCAGCCGUGUCCGCCAGAAGAAGCGGAGACCAGCAACAGCCCUGCCUGAUGCCUCCCCUGGCAACCUGGAGCAACCGCCUGACAACAGGGAGACCCUCUUCACACCCCCAGCCUGUCUACUGCCCCUCGGCACCGCUGUGGAACCCGGCCACAUGCUUCCACAUGCUGGUGGACUGCUGUCAGAAACCGGGCUCCCGACUCCUGAGAGAAGGCCCUCGACCAGGGCUCAGGGGGCAGUGAAGUGCGAGAGCCCAGCUACCACCUUGUGGGCACAAAACGAGCUUCCAGAUUUUGGGGGCAAUGUCCUUCUGGCCCCAGCUGCCCCUGCACUCUGUGUCCCUACAAAGCCUCAGGCCUCAGAGGUGAUCCAGCCUCCUGAUGAGGGUACCUGUGGGCAGCAGCCACACAAGCCGCUCUCCGUGUCCCCGCUUCAGAACCGCGAUGGCAUUGGUGCUUCUGAAAACCUCGAGAACCCUCCCAAGAUGGGCGAGGAGGAGGCCUUCCAACCUCAGGCAAGUUCCAGUUACACCAGUCUGCUCUCCUCACCGCCCACUGAGUCUCUGCACGGCCAGCCGGUCUUGGUCCCCCAGCCUGAUCAGACCUAUAACUUGGCUCAGCCUAUUAAUUUUUCUGUGUCCUCGUCAAAUCAUAAUGAGAAGAAUCCACCCCAGAGAGACCCUUUGUUGGGGGAUAGGCCUACAAUGGGCAGCUGGGCUCUUCCUGGUGAAUCCGGAGAAAGCACUUCCUUGUUUGGGAUUACACCCAGUGCACUGGUCAGUCCACCUCUGCCCAGCAGUCUCGCCCAAGGUAGUUUUCCACAAGGUUCUGGUCCUGAAAUGCUUGCGAAUCAGCCUGCCACUUUGCUGGCCCAGCCAUCGUCUCAUCCAGCUCCAGUGAGCGUGGCUUCAGAAAGGCAGAAGAACCAUGCUGCAGAGACGGUGCCUCCUGCAUUUGCUAACAGCCCUGGUGGGAGUGUGGGGGUGCUGCUGGUGCCGCCCGUGAGCAGCAGUCUGGCACCUGACCACUCUGACAGCCGGGAUGAAACUUCCGGAGCCCUAAACUUUACAUUAAACAGGACUUUGGGAAAUCCUCUAGGAAUGUGUGGUCCAUCCCAUUCUGACCACCCAGGUGCUGCUCAGCAGACCCUCGCUGGUCAGCCUAGACAACCUGGGCUUGGAGCGCAUAACCCAGACCAUUUCUACCAACAUGUGACGAAAACAGCCCAGGGCCAAAGUGGCCCGGAGAGAGCCCAGCCAGAGUCAGGGCCUCCAGAGCAACUAACUCUUGCUUCUCAAGUGCCCAGAGCAGCAUUGCCAGAACCUUCCAGCCCAGGAAGCCCACCUGUACCAGGCCAGGCCUACAACUCCACCCAGCCACCAGCAAGUCCGGCUCUUGCUGACACUCGUCAGCAGGUGCUGCCUUGGCCUACUCGGUCUUCCAGCGCGUCCAUUACCUCAGCCGGCUCGAGCCAGGCAGCCGGGCGGUCAGAGCCGCAAUGGCCACCCCCACCGCCCCCGGACUUGCCAUCCUGCUAUUAUUAUGGGUCCUUCUAUGACGUGUACCCGCCUCAGUAUCCCUUGCCGUACCCUCCGGAGCCUGGGACAGCACCUCUCUAUUACCAGGACAUGUAUGGCCUGUACCGGCCCUACGAUGGCGCCAUGUCUGCCUAUGCUGAGAACUACCGCUGCCCUGAACCUGAGCGGCCCAGCUCACGGGCAAGUCACUGCUCCGACCGGCCGGCACCCAGGCAGGGGUACCCUGAAGGAUAUUACACCUCCAAAGGCGGAUGGAGCAGUCAGAGCGACUACUAUGCAAAUUACUACUCCAGCCAGUAUGACUACGGAGACCCAGGCCGCUGGGAUCGCUAUCACUACGGUUCUCGAUUCAGGGGUGCCCGCGCCUAUGACCAGAGGUACUGGUACGAUGCUGAGUACAACCCGUACCGGAAAGAGCCGUAUGCGUAUGGGGACAGACCUGAGAGGUACGAUGACCCCUGGCGGUAUGACCCCCGCUUCACGUCGAGCUUCGAGGAGGAUGCAGAGCUGCACCGAGAGCCGUAUGGGGAGGAGGGGGACAGGCGCAGUGUCCACAGCGAGCACUCGGCGCAGAGUCUGCACAGCGCCCCCAGCCUGCACAGCCGCCGCAGCAGCGUGAGCUCCCAUUCGCAGCAGAGUCAGAUUUACAGAAAUCACAACGUGACUGCUGGAUCCUAUGACCCCACGGCUCUGCCGGGCUCCUUUCGCGGUGAUUAUGGCUACGGCACUUACGGCAGCGAUUUCAAUGGUGUGCAGGCCUUCCCUGAGUAUGGCUACCCCGCAGGAGCCAGCUGGUCCACCACUGGGGCAGCUCCGUCGAGACCAAGCUCUCCUGAGAAGUUUUCAGUGCCUCACGUCUGUGCCAGGUUUGGUCCUGGUGGGCAACUCAUCAAGGUGAUUCCAAACCUGCCUUCGGAGGGACAGCCAGCGUUGGUCGAAGUGCACAGCAUGGAGACACUGCUGCAGCACACCCCGGAGCAGGAGGAGCUGCGCUCGUUCCCUGGGCCGCUCGGCAAAGACGACACCCACAAAGUGGACGUUAUUAAUUUUGCACAGCAGAAAGCUACGAAGUGUUUCCAGGAUGAAAAUAUAAUCGACAAAGAGUCUGCCAGCCUUCUCUGGAAUUUUAUUGUUCUGUUGUGCAGGCAGAAUGGGACCGUGGUGGGGACUGACAUCGCGGAACUCUUGUUACGCGACCACAGAACUGCGUGGCUUCCUGGGAAGUCGCCCAGCGAGGCAAACCUGAUUGAUUUUACAAACGAAGCCGUGGAACAAGUGGAGGAGGAAGAAUCUGGGGAAGCCCAGCUCUCCUUUCUCACGGACAGCCAGGCAGCCAGCACCAGCAGUCUCGAGAAAGAAACCGAGCGCUUCAGAGAGCUGCUGCUCUACGGCCGCAAGAAGGAUGCGCUGGAGUCUGCGAUGAAGAACGGCCUGUGGGGUCACGCUCUGCUCCUGGCCAGCAAGAUGGACAGCCGGACACAUGCCAGAGUCAUGACCAGGUUUGCCAACAGCCUGCCCAUUAACGAUCCAUUGCAGACAGUCUACCAGCUCAUGUCUGGGCGGAUGCCGGCGGCUUCCACAUGUUGUGGGGAUGAGAAGUGGGGAGACUGGAGGCCGCAUCUCGCAAUGGUUUUGUCUAACUUGAACAACAACAUGGAGGUGGAGUCCAGGACCAUGGCCACGAUGGGUGAUACGCUGGCCUCCAAAGGCCUCUUAGACGCUGCACACUUCUGCUACCUUAUGGCCCAGGCUGAUUUUGGCGUCUACACGAAGAAAACUUCAAAACUGGUCUUGAUGGGCUCGAACCACAGUUUGCCGUUUUUGAAGUUUGCGACCAAUGAAGCCAUUCAGAGAACAGAAGCCUAUGAGUAUGCUCAGUCCCUGGGGGCCCACACCUGCUCCCUGCCUCAUUUUCAGGUGUAUAAGUUCAUCUACGCCUGCCGGCUGGCUGACAUGGGGCUGGCUACACAAGCCUUCCACUACUGUGAGGCCAUCGCCAAGAGCAUCCUGGUGCGGCCCCACGCGCACUCCACUGUGCUUAUCAGCCAGCUCAUCCAGGUAGCUUCCCGGUUGCGACUCUUUGAUCCUCAGCUAAAGGAGAAGCCAGAAGAGGAAUCGUUUGUGGAGCCCGCCUGGCUGGUUCAGCUGCAGCAUGUGGAGAGGCAGAUACAGGAGGGCGCUGGGGUCUGGCGGCAGGAUGGAGCCUUUCCCCCACAGCGCCCCAGCACGCCGAGCUCCGAGGUGGAGCAGUAUGAUGGUCCAGGCCCCGGGCAGCCAGCAGCUCUCAGCGCUGAGAACCCGCUGCUGGUGCUGCCCCUGCCGAAUGCUGAGCUCUCCAGCUCCAGCGUGCAGCUGCUGCCGUCAGCUCCGCAGACCUUCCCCGCCACGCAGCAGCCCGGCCCCACCAGGGUGCCGCUAUUCCCAGUGCCGCCACCCCCCGGCCCUGUUGAGCCAGGGCCUGUCUGUGCCCCUCCGGGGUCCGCGCUUGGCUUCCCAGAGCCCAUGCGGCCUGAUCUGACAGUGCUGUACCCAGGGGCGUAUCCAGUGCCAGGUACACCAGCAGGCGCCCCUGGCCUCCAGCAGGACGAGCCCAGGCAUCAGGACCCAGGGCUCCUGCCACGGGAGUCACCCGUGAGAAACUCACUCUCGGAGGCGACAGAAGAGGAUUUUGGUGGAAACGUUGCUAAUCUGGACUAUCAGUCACAGGACUCAGAGCCCAACGUGGGGUGGGAGCUCAAUGACUCGGGCAGGAUACCCGCUCCUGAGGUGAAGAGGCCUGUGAAAGCAGCCAGAGAAGAGGUCAAAGAACCUAAGAAGAGUGUUGAGUCCUGGUUCUCUCGUUGGCUGCCUGGGAAGAGGAGGACAGAAGCUCAUCUGCCAGAUGACAAGAACAAGUCGAUUGUUUGGGAUGAAAAGAAAAAUCAGUGGGUGAAUUUAAACGAACCAGAAGAGGAGAAGAAGGCUCCGCCCCCACCUCCAACAGCAUUUCCCAAGGCCCCUCAAGAUGCCCCUCCUGGUCCUGGCAGCGCCCCCAGAGCCACUGUGAACAUGUUCUCUAGAAAAGCAGGCGGAACCAGAAAUCGCUACGUUGAUAUAUUGAACCCGAGUGGGACCACGCGGGGUGAACCUGUUCUCGCUCCCGCGGAGUUCUUUGCUCCACUUGCCCCACUCCCGAUUCCUGGGCACUUGUUAGUCCCCAGCACAGUUGGUCAGGUGAAACCCCCGGACGCUUUGGAUGGAGCGACAGCUGACUGCCCCAUCUUGUUCACAGAUGUCAAGGAGCCACAGCCCGUGGGAGCGGGGGACCCAGGAGGGCAGGCUCCAGUCGGGGGGCAGGAGAGGCCAGAGUCUGCCUUGGAGACCAAGAUUGUGAGUUCUGUGGCGCAGCCCCUGGGCUCUGAGUUCCCGCCCUGCGGUGCGGACACGUCCCAGGGAGGAGAGCUGUCGCGCUGUAGCUCAGUGAGCUCGCUGUCGCGUGAAGUGAGCCAGCACUUUGAUCAGACCUCGCGUCCCAGAGGGCCUGUCAUCAGAUGUCCAGAUCCACUGAUAAGCUGGCCCCAGGCGCCCAGUGGGGAGGGAGGCUCCAUCUGCCACCCGACCAGCUGGACAGCCUCCCUCCUGCACCCAGUGACCAGCCCCCUGCAGGGGGCCCUCCGGGGGGAGCCGUGCCCUUCUACAACCCCGCCCAGUUUGCACAAGUCUCUGCUGCCUCUGGAGGUUCAAGGAUGGGGAGGAUGGGCCAGAGGAAGCACCCAGCCUUGAAGUAGAAUCUUCCGUUCUGGAUUAGCAUUUGGACCCUGAA